GUGUGUGUGCGUGAGUGAGUGACGUCAUGUGCAGACAAAAGUCCUCUCCUGCAGAGUGUGUGUGGCAGCCGGUCGGUCAGCGAAAGAGAGAGAGAGAGAGAGAGCUUGGCGGAGACGCCGCGCCAGCGCAGAGAGGCACGGAGACGCAGCAGAGAGCAUCACGGCGACUUCGUCUGGGGGAAAAAUAAAUAACACAACUUCAGAAACAGGGACGCACUUGUGGGGGUGAAAAAAAAAAAAAGCAAAAACAAAGGAGGUAUUGCUUUUCUGCACGGACAUAAAAUGAAAGGGUUACCUGGCUUUAUAUUGGAUUUGGAGUCUUGUGUUACACCGCUGCGACUUUGACACCAGAGUUGCGCAGGCUGAGUCUCUAGGAGUUGUCUGUUGAAGGAAUUUCAGGCACCCCGAAUCAAACUUGAGCUGGACAUCAAGGAACCAGUCAGGGAGUAAGCUAAACCACCUACCCACUGCUCUCACUGGAAAAGAAAACAUUGAAGCACCACUGCCAUCAUGGAUGAGGAACAGUGCUACUACAAUGAGACCAUCGCCUUCUUCUACAACCGCAGUGGCAAGUACCUUGCUACUGACUGGAACACCGUCAGCAGGCUGGUGAUGGGCCUGGGCAUCACCGUGUGCAUCUUCAUCAUGCUCGCCAACCUUCUGGUGAUGAUCGCCAUCUACGUCAACAGGAGAUUCCACUUCCCCAUCUAUUACCUGAUGGCUAACCUGGCAGCUGCUGACUUCUUUGCUGGACUGGCCUACUUCUACUUGAUGUUCAACACGGGACCAAACACGAGGCGUCUGACUGUUUCAACUUGGCUGCUGCGCCAAGGCUUGAUUGAUACCAGCCUGACGGCGUCUGUGGCCAACUUGCUCGCCAUCGCCAUCGAGCGCCACAUCACCGUGUUUCGCAUGCAGCUACACACGCGUAUGAGUAACCGACGUGUGGUGGUGGUGAUUGUCAUAAUCUGGACCAUGUCUAUAGUGAUGGGGGCCAUCCCCAGUGUGGGCUGGAACUGUAUCUGUAGUAUUAAAUCUUGCUCCAACAUGGCGCCACUUUACAGCAACUCCUAUCUUAUCUUCUGGGCAGUGUUUAACCUUGUGACUUUUGUUGUCAUGGUGACACUAUAUGCCCACAUCUUUGUCUAUGUACGCCAGAGGACCAUGAGGAUGUCACGGCACAGCUCUGGACCACGACGCAACCGAGAUACCAUGAUGUCCUUGCUGAAAACCGUGGUGAUCGUGUUGGGUGCGUUUAUCAUCUGCUGGACGCCCGGCCUGGUCAUCCUCCUUCUCGACGUCUUCUGUGCCAACUGCAACGUCCUCACCUAUGAAAAGUUCUUCUUGCUUCUCGCCGAGUUCAACUCGGCCAUGAACCCCAUCAUCUACUCCUACCGCGACAAGGAGAUGAGCGCCACCUUCAGGCAGAUCCUGUGCUGUCAGCGGCAGGAGAACGUCAACGGGACGACGGCGGAGGGAUCUGACCGAUCAGCGUCGUCAAUCAACCACACGGUGCUGAGUGGCGGUAUGCACCAUCACCAUCACAACAACGAACACUCAGUGGUAUAAAGGAAGGCAAAAGGUUGCAGAGAUUAAUCCAACUGCUUGAUUUGGUUAAUCUCUUUUGGAGAGACUGACUGAAAGAAGGUAAAUGGCAGCGUGGGAAGGUCAAGAGGGACUGUGGACAUGAUACAAACUAAAGUAACAGUAAUGUGAUGAAUUUGAGAAUGAAGAUUAGGUAGGUGGAGUGCAGUUGAUGAUGACAUCACAAUGAAGAAGAGGAUGGCAAGUAUGAAGAAAGAUGACAAGACUUUAUCGCUGUGUGGAAGAAGAACAGGGGAGGAGUCUGAUCUGAUCUCCAAGAGGCUGUUAGUAUUUUUGUUUAGUUGUUUAUUAUUUCCUGUUUGUUUUAAAUGUGUUGUCAUGGACAACGCUGAUAUGAACUAUUUAAAAGUAAUCUGUGAAAUGAAGGUAAUGCCAGUAUAACCCAUCCUCUUUCUCCAUUGUUCUCUAAACUUUGUAUCCUGUCAUCGUAAGUUUCAGACUUUUUCCCCUUGAUACCCCAUUCUUAAGAAAGGUCUCAUAUAUCAUACAUGCAUAUUUCACAAGCUCAUAGUUGCAACAUUUAAGGUCUGAACCAAGAUUUAAACUUAUUCUUUCUUAUUUUCUUUAAGUUUGAAGGAAAGUUUAAACAACACAUGCCGUUUUGUGCAACUGAAUGUUUAUACAAGUUAUCUCCAGCAGCUUUAACUUUAAAAUCACCCUUCUUGAUAGGGUUCAGAUCUAUUUCCAGGGUUUUAAGUCAAAACGUAGGCUUCAAAAUGAAACAUGUAUGGGACCUCCUGCUAAUGCUAACAAAUGACCAUAUCAAUGCUGACGUGUUUGAUAUGUUUAGUCACUCACCAAAAUAUACUGCAAAACCUUUCAACACAGUAUUGUUUGAGUACCUGGAGUCGCUAUUCAUUCUGCAGUAGAUCCAUCAUUGUAACAACCUUACAACCUAAAUACUGCGGGGACUCAUCAUUCUACUGAACCUCUUCUACUACUAAAAAGCUUUUGUGAAUGCAUCCCAAAAGUUUUUCCUUUCAUCCAACUUAAAUACUUAAAUGGUUCAGGAGCUGCAGAAAUCCUGAGUUGUUUCCCUCUAAGGAACUAAGAGUUGAGACAAGUUGUUCUAGGGAUCUUACCAAAAAGGGGGGGGAGAUGUUCGAAUGUUUUAGAGCAGGCUGGGCCACAGUGUUAUGUGGAGACAAGGUGAAGGUCAUAUCUGGUGAGCGUUAACAGACUUUGUCUAUGUCUGUGCGGCUUACUGAUGGAAGCGAGGCGGAUGUGUGAAAGUUUCAUCAGUGUUUAUGUGAAAUUGCCCUCUGGUGGCGCAAGUAGGAUAUCUGAAACUGAAAAUUACUGUAAAUUAUAUGAAAUUAUAAUUGUAAAAAAGUAGAUGAUAUAUCUUCACGACAAGAUAGGUCAUUCUGUUUUUUUCAAAAUAGGGAUAAAAUAUCAAUGAAUUCAUAGUUUACAGUACAAACCACAUUUUCCAACGGAUGGUAUGUUAGCAGAUUACAAACACUGAACCUGCUCUAUAUACCAUCAACCAUCCAGAACUGAAGACAUGGUGGGGAGGCAUCCGACUCGAGUAUGUCACACCGUGACAAAGCCAAAGAUAAACAUAAAAAAGCUACUUUGAACUUGGGCCAUUUUGUAAUAAAGCAAACUGCUAACAAGUCUUAAGAGUCUACAGCUGCAUUAGCAGCUCUGUAAGGCUGUAUUUAGGCACAGCAGUGCUUUGAGCCUAAAUGCUGAUGUCAGCAUGCUAACAUGCUGAUGUAAGGCACAUAACAUUCACCAUGUACUAUCUUGGUUUAACUUGUUAGCAUGGUGAAAUGUGCUAAUUAGUACAGCUAAACACGAUUUUGACCUGAUAAUGGUGCUAAAAAGUUAAGUGGUCCAGUUAAGUCUGGACUUCAUUUUAGCUUAGGCUGAAUUAGUGCUAAAAAUUCCCAAAUCAGAAAGCCCAAGGUGGAUCUUUUACAUGCCACCAUUGGGGAAAAUGAUCAUUUCAGAAUAUGGUCUAUUACAUUUCUGAGGGACUUACGUCCUACAGUACUACGUUCUGAUGCACGCAUUUUAUGCGAGGUGAGGUGAUACCGAUGUCCAUCAAAAAUAUGUCAUGUUUUGUUUAUGUCACUGUAGGAGUUGGUUGGGGUUGCAAUAAUAAUUCAAAUUUUCUGUAUA